AUGUCUACUACCACAUUGUCCUCACGUGGAACUACGGCAAGCGUAAACCAUCCGAAAGAUUUCCACCCAGAAACCAACCCCGACGGCUAUGUCUCCCUCGGCCUUGCAGAGAAUGCACUCAUGCACAACGAGCUGCGUGACUUCCUCAACGCUCAGAAGCUAAUCGAUCCUCAAGCCGUUGGCUUCACCUAUGGCAGCGGUCCCUACGGAUCUAGGGGCAUACGAGACACCAUUGCCACGUCCAUGAACCACCACUCCAAGCCCUUCAGCCCCUUGCAGCCAGAUCACAUCAUGGUCACAAACGGCGUCUCCGUGGCAAUCGAGCAUUGUGCCUGGGGCCUUGUCAACCCAGGUGAAGGCAUUCUCCUCGGCCGCCCGUACUACCGCGCUUUCCUGCCAGACAUCAGCAUAUGCACAGGCGUCAAGUUCGUCCCCGUGAGCUUUGGAGACACGGAUCCGUGUGGCAUCGAUUGCGCCACGGCGUACGAAGCCGCGCUCCUCAAGUCAAAUGCAGAGGGAACCAAAAUCCGCGCUCUCAUGCUCUGCCACCCGCACAACCCGCUCGGCCGCUGCUACUCCACUGCCGCGCUCACCGCGCUGCUGCGCCUCUGCGCAAAGUACAGCAUCCACCUCACAAGCGACGAGAUCUACGCCCUGACCGUGUGGGACAAUACCAUCGACCCUCCGUCCCCAGCCGGGCCAGCGGAACCGUUCUCCUCCAUCCUCUCGCUUGACAUCCCCUCGCUCGUCGACCCCUCGCUCAUCGACCCCUCACUCAUCCACGUACUCUGGGGCGUGAGCAAGGACUUCAGCGCCAACGGCCUGCGUCUCGGCGCCAUAUUAUCGCCUUCCAAUGCCUCAUUCAUCCAGGCUUGCAAAGCGUACGGCAUCUGGAGCAGUCCGUCGAGCCUAACCGAAAGCGCUGUGUGCGCUAUCCUCAACGAUUCGGCGUUUGUCGAGAACUACAUUGACCUGAACAAGCAGCGGUUGAGCGCGAAUGCGGCGUUUUUCAUCUGGGAUGAUUUGGGCAAGAUAUUCAGGGAGAAUCUCACUGGGUCGGUGGAGGCGGUGUCGCUCGAUGGAGAUGCCGGGAUCACGGCGAGAGUGCAUGAGCGCCUGAUGGCGAGGAGAGUGUUCUUUGUUGAUGGCAAUGCGGCGGGGGCAGAGGAACCGGGGUGGUUUCGACUUGUGUUCACGCAGCCGCCGGAGUUGGUGGGUGAGGAUAUUGUGAGAAUUGCUAGCGCGCUUAGAGCAUAG